GACACAUGCGCAAUGCGAGGCAUACUGGUCAGUCUCCGAAGCAGCUGUUUUAGGGUUUGAAAUUCCAACAUGGCAGUGGCUGUGGUCAGUGUUGCCUGCGCUAACUUGGAAUGGUUUUAAAUCGCAGGCAGCCUCGCUUAACCCACCGCACAGUCAUUCAUCAGCAAACUCUACCGUGGAUCGAUGUUGCUCUAACCCCAGAGGUCGACCUGUCGCACAUACAGCGAGAAAUGAUCAGUAGCAGCAGCGUCUAUGGCCUAAAGAUGCAGUGGACCCCAGAGCACGCGCAGUGGGCGGAGCAGCACUUUGACAUCACCUCCACCACGCGCUCGCCGGCCCACAAGGCCGAGGCUUACCGGGGUCACCUGCAGCGCGGCGGCAGCACAUACCAGUACGCCUGGGCCAACGACGACAUCUCUGCGCUCACCGCCUCCAACCUGCUCAAGAAGUACGCUGAGAAGUACUCUGGCAUCCUGGAGAUGCCCAGUGAGAGGGCCCUGCUGAACUCCUACGCCGAGGCCGGGAUGAACGGCAGGAAGGGGGAGGGUGAGGCCUGGCAGGAGGGGGUCUACUGCGUCCCCGAGGGGAUGUCCAUGAGGAAAGGAGGGGUGGCGGCGGAGGUGGCUGGUAUGUGCAGCUCUCCGUCCCCGGGCCUGGCCUCCAGCGGCCUGACAGAGCCUGGUUACUCCAGCAGCAGCUGUGGUAGUCACACAGCCACGGCCCUCCACUCCUCUGCAGGCUCCUCUCAGGAAUACGGCCCCAGCUACAGUGGCUCCUACCUGGGCUACAGCUCCCAGGUCACCACCUCCCCACUGCACAGCUCCGGUCUCUUGCAGCCCCCUCCUCCGCCCCCACAUCCCUCCCUGGUCCCGACCUACAAUGGGGGAUCCUCCAACCUCUCGGGCUACAAUUACCCCCAUGCCGGGUACCCCUCCCAGAGCGCUGUGGGGCCAGGCUACAGCCCCGGGGGAGCCCCCCCUCCAUCCUCCUACCUACCGUCAGGGAUCGCCGCUCCCACCCCCCUGCCCCCCUCCUCCACGCUCCCCGGGUACCCCUACCAGUCGCACAACCUCGGCCCCAUCGCGCCCACGCCUCUGAAUGGCAGCUCGUCCAACUCUCUGAAGAGAAAAGCCUUCUAUAUGACAGGGCAAGGAGAGAUGGACUCCACUUAUGGAAAUUUUGUCUAUGGCCAGGCGCGCAGCUCCGCAGAGAGCCCCAUGUACAGGGUACCGGACAGCAGCAUCUCAAAUGCGGGCGGAGGGAACAGUUUUGACAGGAAUGCUGACAAGUCAUCUUUGCCAUUUAAUCCCCACAAGCAGCCCAUGGCCUCUGAGCAGUCUGCAGGCGGAGCACUCACCCCUCCGUCCUAUGCCUCCACCCUGGGUGGCUCGCGCUCGGCCGACUCCCUGGGCAGCUUCACCUCUCCCUCCCUGAACGACCAAGGGGACGAGCACCGCGUGCACCUCUCCCACCUCUCCCUGACGGGGGCAACCUCAUCCUCCCGGCCCGCUGAGGAGCAGCUGAAGAGCAGUGACCCCCACCUCCUGGACAUGGUGACCUCUGAAAUCCUGCAGCAGGGACCCCCGGUGGACUGGAGUGACAUUGCAGGCCUGGAGCUGGCCAAGGCCACUCUGAAGGAGGAGGUUCUCUGGCCCAUGCUACGUCCGGACAUGUUCAGCGGCCUAGGUUCGGCCCCGAGGUGCAUUCUACUGUUUGGCCCCAGAGGGACGGGCCGGACGUUGCUGGGCCGCUGCAUGGCCAGCCAGCUGGGGGCGCCCUUCCUGCAGCUCAGAUGCUCCACCUUGGCCACCAAGUGGUUGGCAGAGGGUGACAAGAUCCUGCAGGCCUCCUUUCUGGUGGCGCGCUGCCGCCAGCCCUCAGUGCUGUUCAUCAGCGACGUGGACAUGCUGCUGUCGGCCCAGCUCAACAACGAGAGCCCCGUUUACCGGCUCAAGGCCGAGCUCCUGGCCCAGCUUGAUGCGCUGCUCCUGGGGCCGGCCGAUGACUCCAACAACCACGUCCUGGUGGUCUGCUCCACCAGCAAGCCUCAGGACAUGGACGAGGGGCUGCGACGGUACUUUGGCCGGCGGGUCCUGGUGCCGCUGCCAGACGGUUCGUCCCGCCACCGAAUGCUGAGCCAGCUGCUGUCCCAGUCCCAGCGUAAGUACUGUCUCAGUGAGGAGGAGCUGGUGCUGCUGGUCCAGCGCACCGAGGGCUUCUCCGGCCUGGACGUGGCAAGGCUUUGCCAGGAGGCCCUGGUGGGCAUGCUGCACACCUCCUCCCAAGGCCUGGACCUCUCGGUGAGCAUCAUGCCCACAGGUCAGAUACGACCCCUCAUCUACCAGGACUUUGACAGUGUUUUUUGCAAAUUCCAGCCCAGUAUAUCGCAGAAAGAGAUCGACACGUACACCGAGUGGAACAAAAUGUUUGGGUGCGGUCAGUGAACCUCGGGGGGGAAAGUCCUCAAGAAAGAGGAGCUUUGACCUGGCUGUGGUGCUAACCAAAGAGGAAGGCACACAAGAGGGGCGACGUAACCCCCCCACACGUGAGACCUGACACCAGAGGUGGAGAAACAUCAAGAGACUUGGUUGGAGUGAUACCUGAUGGUUUUGCAGGUAACGAGCAGAGAUUUCAUUAGGAUGCUUGACACUGCUAAAGCCAGGCAUUGUUUACACAUUUUGAAGAGGUCAACUUGAGACAGAGGAGGACCCUGUGUGUAUAUAUACCUUUGUUGUUGUCCCCUAAAAUGUAGUUGGCUAACCAAGUGCCUGUAGUGGUGCUUUCUAAAUUGUAAUUUCUUUUUUUUAUGUAUAAUGAUUUCGUUUGCCUCACAAUCUACAUUAAUGGCAUGUGCUGAUAUUAAGAGCUUUAAACUUCAACAGCGAGAUUAAAAUUAGAGUGGCGGUUGCCAAUGGAGAUGGUCAAUCUUUUUCUCCUGCCAUUUCACCAAGUAUCAACAGUAUUCCUCAGGGGGUGACAGUAAUCUGGACCCCCGAUCCAUACACUUCAUCUCUUUUGGUCCUCUGUCUGCAAAAAAACUCAGGAAAGUGUUUGUGAAUUGUACAGUACCUCAACGACAUCACCACACAUAAGCACUACGAUCCUCUGAGAGUAUUAAGACCAGGAUUUUAGUCAUUUAUAUAAUAUCUAGAGAAACAGUUUUAGGUUUACCUCAAACCUUCUAGGCGAGACGGUCGAGGAGAUGAAAAUGAAUGUAACCAGAUUUAGUUCUGGAAUGACGGGACAAAUAAGUCAAUACGGAGGUGAUUAAGUGAAGAAUUUGGUGAUGAGUUCAGUGUCCAUUUUGAGGUUUUUCGAAAAUGCGAUGCCCUAGUGUGUUUUUCUGAUCCUGCCUUGUGUAUCGAUUGAAUCAAGAGCGUUGUUCACCUGGUGUUUGAAUGGGGCACUGAUGACCACGUAUAGUGGGUUAUAUUGUUGUCAACAACCCACAACUCUUUAGAUGGAACGGUGGACUUCGGUUGCUAUUGCGUUACCACAGGAAGCCAUAGAACUACUGUACUUGACGAUGAAGCAGAAACCAAAUGGAAGAAAGCGAACGGUGCCGUGACACAGUGUGUGAUUCCGUAUUUCCCAGAAUAAAUGCAACAUCGGGAUCACACGGACUUUCUGUUCCACUUCAGUUGGUUUCAAACUCACCUAGGAGGCAGCAAAGCAGUCGGGGACAGCCUCAGAUCCAAAAUGGCUAGUUGCUAUUGACUGCUCUACGUCAGAGAGUUGAGUCAGUUUGAAUGAGAAAAGGCUGAUUUCUUUAUUCAUCAACGAGGUCAGAGGUUCAGCACCGGGGGCUCAAUUCCAAACCGGUUUUUAGUUCCUUACCAGAGGUCCUCAUUGGCUUAUCAGAUCUGACAUGCUUGGAUUGUUCACAGCAGUAUGGCUGUAGAGCCACCUAGACCUCUGGAAUGCUCUGGUGAUUUUCGGUCAUAUUGCAAACACCUAUCCAGUUGUGUCAUAUCUGCAAGGAGACUCAACAAGGGCUUGCGGGUAAGAGCUCGAAAUUGUUUAAGAUAUUUGGCCAAUCGCAUCCUCAUUGUUUAGUAUGUGCAAAUAUUACCCCAAGAACAUGGUCAGGGUGAAUAUACUACUAAUUUGACACUCGUCAUGGCUCUUAAAGGCCCAGUACAGUCAAAAACGUGAUUUUUCUGUGUUUUCUAUAUAAUUCCACACUAUGAGGUUGGAAUAAUACUGGGAAAUUGUAAAAAUUAUGAUAAUGUAAUUUUAGUGUAAGAGCUGUUUGAAAAGACUGCCUGAAAUUGCUGUCUGUUUUGGUGGGAUGGAGUUUUGGCCAUUCAUGGUGAUAUCACCAUGCGGUAAAUUAGUUAUUAGACCAAUAAGAAAGAGAGUUCCAAACCUCUCUGCCAAUAACAGCACAUGUUCUGUUUUCCCCUCCACACUCAGACCACUCCCAGAUGUCCUAUCAAAAUUCUUGCUUGAGAAAUUGCCCUUUGCUGAGAGCUACAGUGGGGCAAAAAAGUAUUUAGUCAGCCACCAAUUGUGCAAGUUCUCCCACUGAGAGAGGCCUGUAAUUUUCAUCAUAGGUACACUUCAACUAUGACAGACAAAAUGAGGAAAGAAAAUCAGAAAAUCACAUUGUAGGAUUUUUUAAUGAAUUUAUUUGCAAAUUAUGGUGGAAAAUAAGUAUUUGGUCACCUACAAACAAGCAAGAUUUCUGACUCUCACAGACCUGUAACUUCUUCUUUAAGAGGCUCCUCUGUCCUCCACUCGUUACCUGUAUUAAUGGCACCUGUUUGAACUUGUUAUCAGUAUAAAAGACAAAUGUCCACAACCUCAAACAGUCACACUCCAAACUCCACUAUGGCCAAGACCAAAGAGCUGUCAAAGGACACCAGAAACAAAAUUGUAGACCUGCACCAGGCUGGGAAGACUGAAUCUGCAAUAGGUAAGCAGCUUGGUUUGAAUAAAUCAACUGUGGGAGCAAUUAUUAGGAAAUGGAAGACAUACAAGACCACUGAUACUCUCCCUCGAUCUGGGGCUCCACGCAAGAUAUCACCCCGUGGGGUCAAAAUGAUCACAAGAAAGGUGAGCAAAAAUCCCAGAACCACACAGGGGGACCUAGUGAAUGACCUGCAGAGAGCUGGGACCAAAGUAACAAAGCCUCCCAUCAGUAACACACUACGCCGCCAGGGACUCAAAUCCUGCAGUGCCAGACGUGUCCCCCUGCUUAAGCCAGUACAUGCCCAGGCCCGUCUGAAGUUUGCUAGAGAGCAUUUGGAUGAUCCAGAAGAAGAUUGGGAGAAUGUCAUAUGGUCAGAUGAAACCAAAAUAGAACUUUUUGGUAAAAACUCAACUCGUCGUGUUUGGAGGACAAAGAAUGCUGAGUUGCAUCCAACGAACACCAUACCUACUGUGAAUCAUGGGGGUGGAAACAUCAUGCUUUGGGGCUGUUUUUCUGCAAUGGGACCAGGACGACUGAUCCGUGUAAAGGACAGAAUGAAUGGGGCCAUGUAUCGUGAGAUUUUGAGUGAAAACCUCCUUCCAUCAGCAAGGGCAUUGAAGAUGAAACGUGGCUGGGUCUUUCAGCAUGACAAUGAUCCCAAACACACCGCCCGGGCAACGAAGGAGUGGCUUCGUGAGAAGCAUUUCAAGGUCCUGGAGUGGCCUAGCCAGUCUCCAGAUCUCAACCCCAUAGAACAUUUUUGGAGGGAGUUGAAAGUCUGUGUUGCCCAGCAACAGCCCCAAAACAUCACUGCUCUAGAGGAGAUCUGCAUGGAGGAAUGGGCCAAAAUACCAGCAACAGUGUGUGAAAACCUUGUGAAGACUUACAGAAAACGUUUGACCUCUGUCAUUGCCAACAAAGGGUAUAUAACAAAGUAUUGAGAUAAACUUUUGUUAUUGACCAAAUACUUAUUUUCCACCAUAAUUUGCAAAUAAAUUCAUAAAAAAUCCUACAAUGUGAUUUUCUGGAUUUAUUUUUCUAAUUUUGUCUGUCAUAGUCGAAGUGUACCUAUGAUGAAAAUUACAGGCCUCUCUCAUCUUUUUAAGUGGGAGAACUUGCACAAUUGGUGGCUGACUAAAUACUUUUUUGCUCCACUGUAUAUUUUUUGUUUUUUUUGUUUACCAUUUUAAUUGAAAGCAAUCACAGUAAGGUACUUCAAUGUUACCCAGAAAUGAUUUGAUAUUGAGAUAAAAACAGCUGCAUUGGACCUUUAAGAAACGUUCAGUCAACCUACUGUGGUCAGUUCCAAAAGACCCACAGAACAGUGAUUCAUAGCUCAUUGCAUUUGAAUGUAUUUUGUUGCUCUUCUUUUGUUCUCUGUACGUGACUGUUGCUAAGCACUACAAUGGUGAUCUUGAAGUACCGUAGGUGUAUUAUUAUUGUACAACAGCUGCACUAUAGCAUUCUUUUGUGUGUAUUUUUGUCUCGUCUUUAAUAAUCAUGGGUUUGCAAUCCUCCGAGCACUGAGAUUGCCAGUACCAUGUUGCUUGCGUUUACGUUUUUCUUUGUUUUGUCAACUUGUGACUAGUGUAACGUUUAUCUCUUCCUUUGAUUGGUAAUAUUUCCAAUUCUAGUUUGCAUACCUUUUCCAUUUUAGCACUCAAUGGAAUUUAGAUGUAACUUGCUGUGACUGCACACUCGCUAGUCUACCACGAUGUCUCGGAUAUUUAAGAUUGAACACUUCUCCAAUUUUUCUCUCUUGGGUAGAUAAAAGGGUAGAUCCACGGAAGUAACAUGACCAUAAUACAACCACUUACAUGGCCUUUGAAACUUUGACUCAAAUUAUACUUCACUCAUAUAAAAUAUUGGUAGGUGGGUGAAAUGUACGAUGUUUUAUUGCUAAACUACACACAAACAAACCUUAAAACACAAAGCAUCCAUGUUGAGCUCUCCACUUUACCUCUGGAGGUACUUAAGAAUUACCUGAAUGCACUUUCACAAAACGUUCAUUUAUCGGAAUGUUCAAAUGUUUCACAAACAUGAUACAGUGUCAACAGGCUGAUUCUCACAGCCUGAGUGUACUGUAUGUGUAAAAGCUCAUCGCUAGAAGGCUUGUUCUGGAAAUAGAAAAUGGAGUCUCCCUACCUUCUCCUUGACCCGCAGCCCAGGCCUGUGAAUCUCACUUCUCCAUUCACUCUCACUGAGGAGAGGAAAAGACACGCUGAGGUGUGUUUGUUUGUGUGUGCGUGUGCGUGCGUGUGCGUGUGUGUGUGUGUGUGACAGCGCGGCAACAGCACAUGGAAACUGCAGUGAAGUCUGUCAACAGACUGACCACAACGCGGUCUAUCCCAUAAUUCAGUCUGCCCUCUCUAAACUGAUGUACAUGAGAGCACAAAAAGCCCAUCCCUUCACAUAUACAGUACUUUCGACACAACCAAAUCACUUGAAUUGUACUUUCCAGCCAAUCUUAUUUUCUUUGUUUGUUGCUAUGUACGUGGCUUCAUUUUUUCUUUGUACCAGAACUGGCAAACAAUGUUAUUGGUGGUUUCCGUGUUUGUUUAUUUUUCCCGCUUUCUAUUCAAUCAUUUAAUUAUAGUGUUCUUUAAAACAUUUCUACCUCAUGGCUACAUAUUAUACAUGUAGUAGUUCAUUUAUGUCUUUUGAAUGUCCUACAUUUGUUGAAAAAUCGAACAAAAGAAAAACAAAAAGGAAAUGGGUGGGAGCAGGAAAUCACUUGAGUCUACCUCAGAGGCACUGAGCAGAGGAGAUGGUGGUAGAGUCUAACGUGUGUCUGACAGCUGGAUGCACACUCAUUCAAAACACCGAGCGACAUAUAGACACACAACACCCCGCAAGGAAAAAUUUCUGGUGGACGGGAGAAAACUGUUGGACUUUGCAGGUCCUCUCCGAGGUUUCUCUUGAUGCAUCAACCAAUGCGUUGCUUUAAUCUUUGGUGAACUGUAGUUGUGUGAUUGUGUAUAUUACGUGGGCACACAUGAAUAUGAUUUGGUUUGUGUGGGAUUUUAUAUAUAAUUAGUAUAUAUAAAACACACUUGCACAAAACUUUAACUGAGUGUAACGUGUUUCUGUUGUACAUAUUUAUAUACAUAAAUACAAACAAAAUGCACCACAUACAUGUUUAUAUGUGUGAAUAUGUUGCCAUACUUGCAGUCGACUUAAAUGUAUUUUCAUGUAAUCUGUCUGAGGUACAAAAGACAACAACUGAUUAAUUAAAGAUGUUUUCUUGAAAUAAUA